AUGAAUGCGACAACGUCGAGAAGAUACUACUUAACGUUGCUCACACAUCUGCCGUCGCAGGUUCUGACGCCGAAGGUGCUGACGGCGGACGAGCGGCUGCGGACGAAGCAAUUCAUGCUUGAGUCGCAGCUCUUAGACGUGCGCGAAGUGGUGGUGAAGAAGGAUGCUCAAUUUACCGCACUCUGCCAGAAACAUAGUUUGCGCUCGACCGAAACCGACUGGGGACGAGAAUGUGAACCCAGCUCCGAAGUCGUGGGAUGCGUCCCCCUCCAUGUGCACGAUACCAAGCUCGCCGAACUUGAGGCCGGAGACCGUCUUCUUGCCGCUCUACGCAUCGCCGUUCAUACACUCCGCGAACGGUACCCAGACAUAGCGAACAGCCGUCGCUCGCUUGCUCAUUUCCCCUUCCGCGAGUUUUACGUCGACGACCGUGGCGUCCGCCAUGAAUUCACGUAUCUCACCGCUAUCGACGAGAAGAGAGUUUUCCGGGUGGAGACCCUCGAUACCGAGACGUCGAGGCUGGUCGUCAAGUUCAGCAGGCAGUAUUCAGAGGCUGCCCACCGCGCCGCGCACGCCCUCGGCCUCGCGCCCGCGCUGCACGCCGUGAAUAAGGUCUACGACUGGUACAUGAUCGUGAUGGAGGACAUGCCCACAGGCUACACCACUAUGUGGGAUCUGAAGCGGGAGUCCUCCUCUGCUGCCAUGUCGCUGGAGGGCGCUCAGGACACGAUCAAAACGAAGCUGGCUGAGCUACACCGUGGCGGGUUCGUCCACGGCGACGUGCGCGACCUCAACGUGCUCGUGCGCGAUAAGAGCACCGCAACAAUUGGCCCAGAUGUCUUGCUCGUCGAUUGGGACUGGGCGGGGGUCAAGGCGGAGGCGAGAUACCCUUGCAACGUGAACCAGGAAAUCGCGCGUCCCAAAGGUGCUACAAGCGGGGAUUCGAUUACGGAGGAGCACGAUAUGUGGAUGGCCGGCCGUCUGAUUCAACGGGUGUAG